AUGACUAGCAAGCAAGCAAUGAACCAGAAUACUUACAUUACAUGCAGUAAAAAACCGAAAUUUAAAAUAUCCAGUGUACAAACAGCUUGUACAUUUAACGCGUGCGGGAAUCUUCUCUCCAAAAGUGGCUUAAAAGACUUGAAAUAUAAUGGCACUCAACAAUUUAAUAACGAAAAAGAAAACUGGGUUUCAGACUUUAAGACAAUGGCUAAACAUCAUAAAACAGAUGAUGUCAUGUGUUCUAUUAAUCACAAAUAUUAUCGACGACCAAUUAUACCAUUUUUAGUACCAAAAACACAAAAUGUAGAGAUUCCAGAACGCUUUGAUCAUGAUAUUCUAAAUGACGUAGUAAGAAAUGCACAGAAACAAUGUUAUGCAUUUUCAUCCAAGCCAGAACUGUACAGAAAUAUGGAAACUCAAACAGAUUAUCGAGAUAGUGAUACACAAACUGUACCAUGGGACCCACCAUAUAAGAUUAAACCAGGGCAUGAUCCUGAAGUAUUGACAAUAGCCCAUUUAACUUGGAACCAAGGAUUACCACCUGGAGUUCACGAGUUAGAAGUUAUUAACAGAAUGAGAAUGAAAAAGAAAUGGGAAAUGAUUCUGCCCCCUGUGGAUACACCAGCUAAUAUACAAAUGCGAGUAGCUAUUUUAACGGCAAUCGAAGUAGAUGAAUGGGCAUUUAGAGAAGCAGAGAUUCAAGCAAUAAUGGAUCAUAGACUUGAAUUAAUGGACAAAAUAACUAGAACUCAUGAAUCUGAGAAAGAAUUAAAGAUACAAGGUCGUUUCAAUAGAUUGAAAGAUACUUUAUCUAAACGUAAAGACAAACAAGUAAAUUCUGUUAGGCAUAAUCUUAGAAGGAACUUAAGGAAACUUCAUAAAAAACAUUACCAAAAAUCACGAUCCGGUAAACGUGACAUUAUUAAAGAACAUGCCGAUCCAGCAUCUGAAAUAUAUGCACCACAAAUGCUGUAUGGAGAACAUCCACAGAGGAGACAUGAAAUAAUAAAUAAAGAGUUACUGAAAGACAGAGUUAUUGAAGAUGCAGAGAAAAUGAAUACAUUGCCUAGUUGGCUACCACAACUUGACGAAUUGAAAACAAUUAGGCCAAAGCCUAAAUCAUUUGACCUUUGCAUUAGAAAAACAAGAUGGACAGAGGAGAAAUUGAAACAGUUGUACAAUGACUUAAAGGCAAUGAGACUAAAUGUAGAACAAAUAGAAACACCAACAUUAUUGAAACGCAAAUAUAAGCCACCGUCUUUGCCUUCCACACCAUAUAAGAAGCAUACAGAAGAUAUACAAGACCUACACUUAGACCAAUUGUCUAUGCUUAUUCAAAAGAUAGUUAGAGGAAGAGCAAUUCAGUGUAUGAUGUUUGAAGGUCGUAAUAGGUGCAGAGAAUUGAUUGAAGAAUUGCAAUCGUCUCACGGAAUGGAGGAAGAAAGUAAAAAGCGACGUCAAAAAGAAAGAGAGCGCGUAAUGGAAUUAUUACGCUUACAGAAUGAUAGAUCUAUACAAGAGGAUCGUCUGUGUGAAGUCCUUAACUCUUUAGAAGGAAUGACUCUUUCAGCAAUGUUAAAUUUCCUUAGCAAAGAAUUAUUAAGACUGGAAGAUGAACGUCGAAUACACGCUUUCGCAUUAUUGGCUGAACGAGAGAGAGCUAUGAGAGAAGCGGCAGAAGCUGGACGGCGUCAGUUAGAAUAUAAUCGGCGUAGAGAAUUCGAUGAAAUGUUUAGACAAGUUAUAAAAGUCCAUCAAGAAUCUGUGGAAACCUACUUACAGGAUGUUAUAAAAGAAGGCAUCGAAUGGGUAUCCGAUAAAGCAGCCAAAGAACAUAUUGUGAACUUAUGCGAUAAAGUGGAUAAAAUAGCAAAAUAUGCAGAUGACAAUGCAACUAGAAUAGCAGAAGAAGAACUAGUGGCAAACAUGAUUUAUAACUUUGUGUUACCUGAAGUGGAAAAAAAUACUGUACGAAAAAAUAUAAGAAUGAAACAGCAAAGUUAUUUGCAACAUGCACACGCAGCCAUUUACGAUGAAGUAGUGCGUUUACCACCUAUCGAAAAUGCAAGUGCAUCUAAUGAUACAUCAGACAACAUACACGAGGAAAACUCUAAGGAACUAUGCAUCAACACGAGUUCAACUGAAGUAUCAGAUGUGGAAAAUCUUUCACAAGAUUCUGCAGCAGUUUCCAUUACAGAUGCCCAAUCAAAAUCUGUAAAUGUAACUUUUUUAAAUGAUGUUGCAUCAAUUUUGGAAAGUAUCCUAUCAUAUCUUGGUGAUACAUAA